AGCUCCAGCCGCCACCACGCCACGCACCAGACGAUCCACACUCAGCCGCAGGAGGCCGCGGAGCGCGCUGCUGGUUCCGGAACGACCCUAGCCCAGCCAGCUACCAGUCGAGAGGGAGAGCACAAGGUGCCAGCAACGCAGUCUGUGACAUCAAGACUUUGGACUACCGCAAGUGUUCAAGUCGCUGUCAUAGUGUCAACAACAGGUGUCGAGUUUUCAAGCACAGCAAUACCCUCUAAGAGCGCCUGGGUUAGCUAGUGACUGAGCACGGAUGGACCGGUACUACACGUGAUGAGAGUCAACGGCCAACGAGGAUAGUUCUUAAAGAGACUCAGUGAAGUUUCCAAAGCUGCGGGGUGCCUCAGAGCAAUUUAAGUACUUUGGGCUCAGCAGAAGUGCUAAAGACAAAGGUGCUGACCUACCAAUCUACAGUUCAUCUACGACAAGUGACUACCUACGCCAACGCCUACACGUUACAUUUCGCAUCCGAAUUCGGCUCACUUGGCAGCAAAAUUGCGGUGAACAAAUAGGCGACGGCAAACAGAAAGACUCUCCGCCUGCGGGAAGUGGGUCGCAGAGUACGAGCAGCGACGUCGCAGCGGGCGAGACCCACCGGUGACGAUUGACAGCACUGUUACACGGACUACGCGCUCCCGAGCCACCGACCAGCAAACUUUUUGAGUGGAAGUGUGACCGAGCCGGUAAAAGCCUGCGGACAGUCGAAAAGUGUGUGUGCGUACACAAACGUAGUGUUCUGCUCAAGCGGAAAAGUGACAAUCACAGGACAUGUGUCACCACAGGUUCUAACCCGAUCAUCACAGCGCCCGUUUUCUGUUCGCAGCCAGCCUUCACGUGGAUAUUACAAACAAGAUGCUCCGCUGGCCGCUGUUGGUGGCCUGCUGCGGCCUCCUGCUGCAGGCGCGGCCGUGCGUCGCGCAGUGCCCGUGGUCAGCCCAGCAGUUCGCAGACCUGUCGUCGGGCUGCGUGUGCGCCUUCAACUCGGCGCAGGAGCUGUCGGUGCAGUGCGACGGCGUGGACUGGGCGCGGCUGGUGCGAGCGCUGUCGCGCCUCGGCGCGCAGCCGCUGGACCUGCUCUACGUCACCAACAGCUCGGUGGCCGCCCUGCAAGACGGCGCUCUCGCUCCCCUGUCCGCCGUCCGCUCGCUGCAGAUCUCCGGCUGCGGGCUGCGAACCGUCGCCCCGGACGCCUUCCGCGGCCACGAGACCGUGCUUCGCAACCUCAACCUACAGGACAACGAGCUGGGCGCGGUGCCGUCGGCGGCGCUGUCGCGGCUGUCGGCGCUGACGCACCUGGACCUGUCGCGCAACCGCCUGGCGCACGUGCCGGCGGGCGCGCUGGAGCCGCUGUCGUCGCUGGCGACUCUGCGGCUGGCCGACAACGCCAACGUGACGCUGGCGGCGGGCGCGCUGCGCGGGCUCGGCGCGUCACUGCGCAACCUCAACCUGCGCGGCGCGCGCCUGCGACACCUGCCGGCCGACGCGCUCGCUCCGCUGCGCAGCCUCGCCUUCCUCGACCUCUCGCACAACGCCAUCCGCGAGCUGCCGCCAGGCGGUGUGCUGUCGACGCUGGACUCGCUGGCGGCGCUCAACCUGGAGCGGAACCUGAUCCAGCAGGUGGCGCCAGACGCCUUCGCCGGCGUCAACGACACGCUCACCUCGCUCAGCCUGCUCAACAACCUGCUCACCGACUUCCCCGCAGCCGCCAUCAGCACUCUGGGCGAACUCAGGGUGCUGGACCUGGGCUUCAACCUGGUGGCGGAGCUGCCGGCGGACGCGUUCAGCCGGACGCCGGCGCUGACGCUGCUGGCGCUGGACGGCAACCCGCUGCGGCAGGUGGCGGAGCGCGUGCUGGCGCCGCUGGCGGGCUCGCUGCGCGGGCUGUCUCUGGGCGGGCGCGCGCUGCGCUGCGACUGCCGCCUACGAUGGCUGGCGCGGUGGCUGCGCUCCUCGGCGCAGCUGCAGCUCACCUCGCGCGAGCGCGACCCACAGUUCUGCGGCAGCCCCCACCGGCUGCGCAACCGCAGCUUCGUCAACAUACGGCCCGAGGAGCUGACCUGCAGCGAGGACAACGAGUUGGAGGCGGAAGCGGUCGGCGAGGGGGAGGGGGAGGCGACGCCCGUGAAGUCCGGAGAACUGGACGCCGACGCUGGUGACGUCACCGAGUCGCCCCCGAGGCCACCCGCCCCCACCACGACGACGACGUCGACCACCACAACCAUCAAACCGAGCUCGACCACCAAACCCAAGACUGUCGCCUCCACGAAGGCCUCAACCAUCGCUGCCACAAUUCGGCCCACGAGCACUUCCACAGCCACAACAACAACCACGAGCACCACCACCACCACUACCACCGCACCGCGCCCUACAACUACUACGGCACGGGCGCGCGCUCGGCCACCGGCGCAGCAGCAGCAGCAGCAGCAGCAGCAGCACUCCGGCUCGGUGGUGGUGACGCGGUCGUCGACGCCGCCGCCGCCGUCGUGGCGCCGCCACCCGCCGCUUAUCCUGGCGACGACGCCGGCCGAGCCGGCAGUGGUGGUGCGCUCGGCGUCGCGCCAGGACGGCGCCGUCGUCAUCUCGUGGGACUCGCGCGCCGCCGAUAUCCCCGGCUUCCGAGUCGUCUACCGCCUGUUCGGCGACCGCGCCUUCAAGCAGGGCCCGCCGCUCGAGCUCAGCGAGCGCGAGUUCAAGAUCAAGAACGUGCCGCCGCAGGAGUGUAUCGUGGUGUGCGUGGUGUCGCUGUCUGACGUCACGGUGACUCCGGAGACGGUACCGGCGGCGCAGUGCCGGGAGGUGCGCACGGCGGCGGCGGGCGCGUUGCCGGGCAACAUGGACAAGAUCACGAUCGCGGCGAGCGCCGCCAUCUGCGCCACAGUGGUCGUGGCACUGGUCGUGUUCGUGGCGGCGUCGCGGCGGCGCUCGCGCCAGCUGCGCACGCUGCACGGCGGCAAGGCGGCCGGCCGGCCCGCGUCGCCGCAGUUGCCGCACCCGCCGCUCUCCUCGCUGGCGGCGCUCGCGUCGCCCGCCGCCGCGCCACCGGUCUUCGGCCACAAGGAGUGGGACCAGGGGUCCGUUUACAGCGGCCGUAGCAUCCCGCGCCCGCGCGCCUACCACCUCGACCGCCAAGGCUCGCUGACGGCGGGCUGCGCCACGGACGAGGUGCGGUCGCACGCGUCGCACUUCAGCACGGGCAAGGGCGGCAAGUCGCGGUCCGUGGCCGACGGCCAGUCGCAGCACAGCUUCUCCAACCACUCGGCCAGCCGCUACCCGCUCGCGCCCGCCGCCUACUCCUCGGGGCUCGUCAGCUCGCGGCCAGAGCUACGACAAUCGCGGCAGUCGCUGGCAGCCACGGCGAUGACGUCAGAUCGCGCCUCCGGUGCGCACAUGCACGGCCACAGCCACGCGCAUGCGCACCGCGGUCAGGCCAGCAGGCCGCGCACGCGCUCCCGCGACCGGUCCGGCGUCGUGACGUCAUCGCGACCCGGCAGCCGCUACGGCUCGACGCACACGCUCAGCAACUACUGCGCCGAUCCGUCGGACAACUGGACAGACCACGACAUGGACAUCUACAUGGCGCGCAACCCCACCACGCGCGGCGGCCUAGUGCCGCUUUAGGGCUGACCCCCAUUUCCUUAUUGUGAACUGCAACUCCGAUUGCUCGUGGCACCGAGAUUGGUACGGUCUCUCUGAUGCGCUAGCACCGACAGGACAGUGCAGUUGUCAACACUUAGUAAUUCGUUGGGCAUGAGGAAGAGCUCACACCAUCACAACUAAAUAAGAUACGCCCUUCCUUCUAACUGCUUCCUUCAGUCAGCGAAGGCACACAGUUCUCGGAAACUGAUGUCGGAAUCCCAAUUCUAAAAACCAGUGACAAGGACUGUUUCUCUAUUGCUGAUCAUGAAAGUCUGAAAAUUUAAAAACAUAUGCUAAAAAGCCAACUGAAGGUAAAUGAUGAAGUAAGACAGUGUUGUGUUUAAUCACUGUCACAGGUAUGAAAUUCUGAGAGUUACCUAGUGCAAGUUUUCCCCAACAAGUGAAUGAAAAGACAGUAACAUUCAAACUGCUUUGCAGCACUAGCUAACAUGGUAUCAGUUUUAUGAUGUGCAUUUGUACUGAAAAUGUUGUGCUACUUUUACAGAGCACUAAUAAUUGUGUUGUAACCAUGUAUUUUUCUGAAGAUUUUUGGUUUCAAGGACGAAUGGAAAAGUACUACUUUCGCAGUAUUUUCUUGUCACAAUCGCUUCAGUUUGGUGAGACACAGCAAGAGAAACUAUUAAAGUGAGUGAGUGUAUGUGAGUGAGAGAGAGAGAGAGAGAGAGAGAGAGAGAGAGAGAUAGUGUCAUUUACAUAAUACAUGGUAUUGUAAGAAACAUCUGAGUGCAUCUGGUAGCGGAAAAGUCAGAAAACCAUUUACAAGCGAAAUACAGCUCUUUAAACAAUGAAAAUUGUAUAAAAACGAGCUGUACUCUAUAUUUUAUUAAAGUAUAAUCCCUAAUAGUGUGAGACACGUCAGCAACAAGUGAAAAGUCUGUAGCUUAUUAAGUGAAGUCUGAGUUUUUACUGUUACCUCAGGAAAUGAGUUUUGUCCUUUGUAUUUAUAUUAUUGUACAGUGUUUCAGUAAGUAUACAGUUUUUACUUGAACUGGAUAGAGACUUGCUUCAUGUAGGGUAUGUUAGACAUACCCACAAUUAAGAGGCAUACAACUUGCUCAAGACUAUUUUCAAUAAUGAUGGUGCAUUUCAGUAGUGACUCAAUAAUAGGACAGUCUAGUUUAAUGUCCCUCGCUGAAAGACAGAGCACCAUCUGACAAUCUUCUGGAAAAUGCAGUCUUGCAUUUCCUCCAAUGGAGGCAUAAUUUAUAAUUAUAUUAACUUUUCAUGCCUGAAGUAUGAAUUACAUGCAUCAAACGGCAUUCUUAAUAACCUCUUUGGUAUCUAAAUUAUCUUUGUUAUUACAUUAGGAUUAAGGAAGAGAUACUGUUUAGCACAGACCACAAAGUAGCACAAAUUGUUUUCAUUACAUUGAAUUUAAUUGUAAAUCACUUGGUAAAAAUACAAUAAAACAGCUAGAUAUUUUUUA